CUGCGAGCGCGCACGUUAUCCGCGAGCCUCCCACGAGCACAGCAGCAGUUGCAUGGAACGCUUUCUCGCGCCCCAACAAUAGAGUGCUUGACCGGACCAGGUUUGAUGCCAAUUCCACAAAUAUCUACCCUGAGAUUCCCUUUGGAAAAAAGUGCCUGGAUUCUUCUCCGCCGCCGCCUCUUCCACCAGGAGAGUACAUUUGAUAUCAAAGACAGUACAAUCAUGGAUCCGACCCGGGGAUUUAAAUUCUUGGACACGGUGGCAUGCUGUGCUGCUCAGUAAGGAUGGGAAGAAAAUAAGAGGAAUUUUAACAUACGUAUCAGGUAGUGGCGUCACAGCAGAACGAUGCCGCUGGUGAAGCGCACCAUCGAGCCCAGGCACCUGUGCCACACGGUGCUGCCAAGAAACAUCAAGAAUGAGCUGGAGUGUGUGACUAACAUCUCCUUGGCCAACGUCAUACGCCAGCUCAGCAGCCUCAGUAAAUAUGCAGAAGACCUGUUUGGAGAGCUGUUUAAUGAGGCCCACACCUUCUCUUUCCGGGUCAACUCCCUGCAAGAGCGUGUGGACCGCCUCUCCAUCAGUGUCACACAGCUGGACCCCAAAGAAGAGGAAUUGUCUCUUCAGGACAUUACCAUGAGGAAGGCUUUCAGGAGUUCCACCAUUCAGGACCAGCAGCUGUUUGACCGCACGUCGCUGCCCGUCCCACUGCAGGAGACCUUCCAGACAUGCGAGCAGCCACCACCCCUCAACAUCCUCACGCCCUACAGGGACGAUGGGAAGGAGGGUCUGAAAUUCUACACCAAUCCGUCCUAUUUCUUUGACCUGUGGAGAGAGAAGAUGCUGCAGGACACAGAGGACAAGAGGAAGGAGAGGCGGAAACAGAAGCUGGAAAUGCCUUAUCUUGUGUGUCCCAAUGGCCUUAUAAGAGUCCUCUGUGAAACCCCUCCUCCCUUCCUCACUCCCCCAGAGUUGCAGGACCCCCGCAUGUAUGAUCAGGUCUAUAGGUACUUAGACCUUCCAGGGCAGAUGAAGGCGAUAGACCGUCUUCCGGAGCCGGAGAAGAUACCGCGGGCGCCUCACGAUCGUAAGAAGGAGUGGCAGAAACUGGCACUGGGCGCAGAGCUCGCCCAAGACAUACCUGACGACAAACACAGAGAGCCCAACGGAUCUGCAGGUUACCACGACAACAGGGCUCCCUUGUACAUGGAACAAAUGGACGGGCCCUUCUCGCUGGCGGCACUGCCCUACACCCAGAUGAACGAGCUGCUGAACCGUACCGGGGACAGAAUGUAUUCGCGGCCCCACGACCCUCCACCGCCUCCACCUCUCAUGCACCCACUGGGAGAGAUCAAGCCACCCUCUGUGAUCAGUUCCAGUUCAGGUUUUUCCGACAGCAGACCUCAGUCUCCAGCACGGACAGCAGGCCUUAACUCCAACACUCCUCCUCCACCGCCUCCCCCUCUUCCCCCUCCGCCUCCCCCGUUACCCUCCACAGGCCUGCGGGGCACUCCUCCUCCUCCCAUUCCUCCUCUACCAGUCCAGCAGCAGCCCCCGGCCAUCCCGCCUCCACCUGCUCCUCUCCAGAUCGCCCCAGGGGUGCUCCAUCCGGCCCCUCCACCCGUGGCACCUCCCCUCCACUGCUCCCCCGCCCGUCUCCAGCAGGUCCUGGACAGGGGCCCACCCAUGGGCACUGGGACCCUGUCGGACGGCAGCAUCCUGCCUCCUCCCCCGCCGCCUCCUCCUCUGCCCCUCCCAGGAGCGCGGAGCUCCUCGCCAUGUCUGUCAGGCCCGCCACCUGUGCCGGCCUUCCCCUCAGCAGGAGCCAUGGCCUCCUCGCUGCCCCACAGCCUUCACGAUAUGGGGAGCAAGAGGCACCAUCCAGCCAAUCUGCCACCAAUCAGCGAUGCACGCAGUGUCCUGUUGGAAGCUAUCAGAAAAGGCAUACAGCUGCGGAAAGUGGAGGAGCAGCGAGAGCAAGAGGCUAAGCACGAGCGUGUUGGCAAUGACGUGGCCACCAUCCUGUCGCGCCGCAUUGCUGUGGAGUACUCUGACUCAGAGGAUGAGUCCGAGUUUGACGAAGGAGACUGGAUGGAGUGAUGGCGAUCAGGGUUGGCGGCAGAGGACAAAUGUGUUCAGGUGCCCCCCCCCCCCCAUGCCUGCACUCCACACCCCGUCAUCAAAGAGUCCUUUCUACUCUGGAAAGAAGCGAAACAUCGUUGUCGCCCACUUUUCCUCUGUCAAGCUUUCUUUUUCUUUUUUUUUUAAUCUCUGUCUCGUUGUGGUUUGUGUUCGGAGGAGAAUCUCCACAUCGCCCUCGUCGGUCUUUCUAGUGUUCCAAGAGAAGUUUGUGCUUUCGUUCUUUUCUGCACUACCACACAACUUAGUUUCUUUUGGAUUUCUUGUGAUGAAAUCCCCCAUGUUUACUAUUGGUAUACAUGAAAAUAACUUUUCUGAGGAACCACUUGUUUUUGUUUUCUUAUAUGUAUGUCGAUGUUAAAAAAAAAAAAAAAAAAAACACAAGAAAAUGAAAAAAUGAAGGCAUAUUGCAUUUAUCCUAAGUUCUCCAGCACCGUUCUGCCACCUGGUGGCUGAACAAAGCAUUUAAUGAAUGCGUUUUUAUUUUAUCGUCUUUUAUUUACCUUUUUUCUGCUGAAACAUUUGCCGUUUUAAUGGGCCAGUAGUUGCUGAUACUGACCACUACAUGAACGCUCACUCAGCGUGAACACCAGCUGGGUUGUCCCUUGUUUUCUCUCUUGUUAUCAGGACUGACUUUACCACUUAGAACAAGCAAAAGAUUGUGUUGGUAUGUGAUGAUUGCUGUAUGGUUGAAAAUGAAGAAGGGGAAGCAUAUGACUGCCUUGGCCACACGUGUGCAUAUCCAUCCACUUACAUCUAACUUUUACCCCAGGGAAAUGUAUGCCAAGAGAUUGAGCUUUUUGUCUGUCCAGGUUCUAAGGAGCCAUGUAUGCUCAUGUUGACAUCAGGCAAUGUCAAAGAUAACACUGAGCCACUGGUUUUUAGUAUAUUGAGCCUCCAUCCUUUUCUCAAGUUCUUUGGACACUGGAAGCGAUUAGAUGCUGUAGAUGUACAUCAGAUUUCCUGCCUCUCUAAUUGUCCCUGAUGAAUAUUUAGUGUGCUGAGGAAAACUUUGAAUUUUGAGAAGGUACCCAUGAUAAUGAGAGUCUGACCAACACCAGGUACAAACCACUCAACACCACUGAAGGCAGCUCUUCCCUCAGAUCCCCCUUUACCGUGUACCUGCCCACUAACGAGAAGCCUUACCUCGUUGGGUUCUACAGCAGCAAAUGUUGUUCAAAAGAAUACAUUUUAUGUGACACUGCCUUUUCAGGCCUGAAAGAGAAGGAUACAUUAUGCCUUGUUUUGGCUCAUUUCAAAGAAAAUGUCUGCCAUCCUUUUCCGUUUGUUUGUUCGUUCUUUCUUCUACUUGCCUUAUUGUUCGUACGAAACGUAUCGUUGAGUUGAUGAAUGUAUUGUGCUGUUACUACUUACUUGCCUGCGCUUGUAUGGAUUUGCUGUUUCUAUGUUUGGGGGGGGGAGGGACGGUGUGGACAGAAUCCCUGGUUUAAAAAAGAAAAAGAUUAGAUCAAUACUGUAUACCAUGUAACUUAUGUAACUGUUGACUGUAACAGUUUGCUUGAAUUAAUAAAAAUCUAAUGUUAUGUUUCAGCCCUAAA